CUAACCCACUCACCCCACACCGUCAAACGACACCCUCUCAUUUUCUAUCGCGCGCCUCUGGAGUUGUGCAUCUGGGUUUAAUACUUCUUUCCCUUCCGAUACCCCCAUAGUUGAGCGACCUCUCACCCCAGUGAGCUUGGAGCUGGUCUGUCGCAAACAUGGCUCAGCGCCAGGUUCCGUUGCACGUCACUCAGCCGACGCUGCUCACGAACUUGAACAUUCUCCCAGCGUCGAUAUCAUGGCAAAACUGUACUCUCGAGUCCGACAAGUACGUUUGCGUGCGCCAGGUCAACAACGAGGCCAACACCCCCGCCGAGACCGUCAUCAUCGAUCUGAAGAACACAAACAACGUCAUCCGCAGACCGAUUCGCGCAGACAGUGCGAUUAUGCACUUGACUGAGCCGAUCAUUGCUCUGAAGGCGCAGGGUAGAACGUUGCAGCUGUUCAACCUUGAGACAAAAGAGCGUCUGCAGACAUACAGCCAUCAGGAAGACAUAGUUUUCUGGCGAUGGAUCAGCCAAACCACGCUUGCGCUGGUCAGCUCGAAGGCUGUGUAUCACUGGGAUGUGCUGGAGUCAAAGACCUCGACACCCCGCAAGAUCUUCGACCGCCAGGAGCAACUCGAGAACAACCAAAUCAUCAACUACGUAACGAACGAUGAUGAGAGCUGGUCUUGUUUAGUGGGCAUUGCAGCGGGUGCCAACGGUGGCAUUCGCGGUAACAUGCAGCUGUUCUCCAAGGCGAGAAACGUCAGCCAGCCUCUGGAGGGUCACGCAGCCACCUUCGGCACACUCCGUCUCGACGGCGCGACAACAGACACCAAGAUCUUUGCGUUUGCCGUCAAGUCGCAAACCGGCGAGGCCAAGAUCAACAUUGUUGAAGUCGACCACAAUGCGGCCAAUCCGGCAUUCCCCAAGCGAUUGAUCCCGAUUCACUGGCCUGCUGAGGGCACAGGUGACUUCCCACUCGGCAUCCACAUCGCGCACAAGUACGGCAUUCUAAUCGUAAUCACCAAGUUCGGUUUCAUCCAUCUGCACGAUCUCGAGACCGGUACUGCUCUCUUCUUGAACAGGAUUUCGGAAGAGACUGUCUUCACUACCGCGCGCGACGAUGAGGGCACCGGGGUUGUUGUUAUUAACAAGCGCGGACAGGUGUUGCAUACGACUGUUCGCGAGGACACACUGAUCCCGUACAUUAUGGAGAAUCCAGCAUGUGCCGAGAUUGCCUACAAGCUCGCAUCCAAGGGCGGUCUUCCAGGAGCCGACAACUUGUACAACCAGCGAUUCGAGCAGUUGAUGAACCAGGGCAACUACUCUGAGGCUGCUAAGGUCGCAGCCAGCUCACCGCGUGGUUUCCUCCGCACAAUGAACACCAUCAACCGUCUGCGCUCGGUUCCCCAGCAGCCCGGUCAAAUCACCGUUCUUCUGCAGUACUUCGGCUCGCUGCUCGACAAGGGUGGCCUGAACCGCGAGGAGACACUGGAGCUGGCCCGCCCUGUCUUUGCACAAGGCCGAAAGCACCUGAUCGAAAAGUGGCACAAGGAGGGCAAGCUCCACUGCUCUGAGGAGCUUGGUGACCUUGCUAAGCCUCACGAUCUGAACCUUGCUCUGGCUAUCUACAAGGAGGCCAACGUUCCUCAGAAGGUCGUUGCUUCGCUUGCCGAGCUUGGCCACUACGACAUGAUCGUUCAGUACUGCACGUCAGUUGGCUACACUGCCGACUACAACGUUCUUCUCCAGCACGUCAUCAGGUCGAACCCUGAGAAGGGAGCCGAGUUCGCCAUCCAGCUUGCAAAGAACGAGAGCGGCCCACUCAUCAGUACCGACCGCGUUGUGGACAUCUUCCAGUCUCAGGGAAUGAUCCAACAAGCCACCGCAUUCCUUCUCGAUGUGCUCUCCAACGACCGCGAAGAGGAGGGCCACUUGCAGACAAAACUGCUCGAGAUGAACUUACUCAACGCCCCUCAAGUCGCUGAUGCCAUUCUCGGAAACGAGAUGUUCCACCACUACGACAAGGCUCGCAUCGCCUCUCUUUGCGAGAACGCCGGUCUACUUACACGCGCAUUGGAGCACAAUGACGACCCCGCGGCCGUCAAGCGCAUCAUUGUACAAACCGACAAGCUUCCCGAGGAGUGGUUGCUCAAUUACUUUGGUCAGCUCACUGUCGAGCUUUCCCUGGAGUGCAUGGAUGCUAUGCUCACAUCCAACAUCCGACAGAACCUUCAAGCCGUCAUUAGAAUCGCCCAGAAGUACUCCGACCUCCUUGGUGCCACCAACAUCAUCGACCUCCUUGAGAAACACCGCACAGCUGAGGGUCUGUACUUCUUCCUCGGCUCCAUUGUUAACGUCAGCGAGGACCCGGAUGUUCACUUCAAGUACAUCGAGGCUGCGACCACUAUGGGUCAGCUGAACGAGGUCGAGCGUAUCUGUCGCGAGAGCAACUACCUACCUGCUGAGAAGACGAAGAACUAUCUCAAAGAAGCCAACUUAACCGAGCAGUUACCUUUGAUCAUCGUGUGCGACCGAUUCAACUUUAUCCACGACUUGGUUCUGCACCUCUACAAGAAGCAGCAGUUCAAGUCCAUUGAGGUCUACGUACAGCGUGUCAACCCUGCCAGGACUCCUCAGGUCGUCGGAGGUCUACUUGACGUUGAUUGCGACGAGAGCAUCAUCAAGAGCCUUUUGUCCUCGGUCACACCCUCAUCAAUUCCCAUCGACGAGCUUGUCUCUGAAGUCGAGUCGCGCAACCGCCUCAAGCUUCUCCUGCCCUUCUUGGAGGCGACACUGCAGGCCGGAAACGAGCAGCAGGCUGUCUUCAACGCCCUGGCCAAGAUUUACAUCGACUCCAACAAUAACCCCGAGAAGUUCCUCAAGGAGAACGACCAGUACGACACCCUUGUUGUUGGUAAGUACUGCGAGAAGCGCGAUCCUAACCUUGCGGUGAUCGCCUACUCCAAAGGCCAGAACGACCUGGAGCUCGUCAACAUCACCAACGAGAAUGCCAUGUUCAAGGCCCAAGCUCGUUACCUGCUUGAUCGUGCCGAGUCUGAGAUCUGGGACUUCGUCCUGAGCGACAACAACAUGCACCGCCGAUCCUUGAUCGACCAGGUCACAUCUGUGGCAGUACCUGAAUCAACAGACCCUGACAAGGUUUCGGUCGCCGUCAAGGCGCUUAUCACCAAUGACAUGCCAGCUGAGCUCAUUGACUUGCUCGAGAAGAUCCUGCUCGAGCCUACCACCUUCAGCGACAACCCAUCUCUACAGAACCUUCUCAUGCUUACAGCAGCCAAGUCCGACCGUGGGCGCGUUGCUGGAUACAUUCAGCAGCUUGAAAACUACACACCCGAGGACAUUGCUCAGCAGUGUAUCGAGGUUGGCAUGUACGAUGAGGCCUUCGAGAUUCACAAGAAGCACGGUCAGCACGUCGAUGCUGUCAACGUCCUUGUCGAUCACAUUGUCAGCAUCGACCGUGCUCAAGAGUACGCCGACCGCGUCGAUACACCGGAUGUCUGGAGCAGAGUCGCUAAGGCCCAGCUUGACGGUCUCCGUGUCACUGACUCGAUUGAAUCCUACAUCCGCGCCGGAGAUGCCUCCAACUUUCUCGAAGUCAUUGAAGUAGGAACUCACGCAGGCAAGGACGAGGACCUCAUCAAGUUCUUGAGGAUGGCUCGCAAGACCCAGCGUGAGGUCCCUAUUGACACCGCCCUGGCCUUCUGCUUUGCUCGCACCAACCAGCUGUCAGAGCUCGAGGACUUUCUUCGUGGAACUAACGUCACUGAUGUCGAGGCAUCCGGUGAUAAGGCUUACGAGGAGGGCUUCCACGAGGCUGCCAAGAUCUUCUUCACCAGCAUUUCCAACUGGGCCAAGCUUUCCACCACUCUCGUCCACCUUGAGGAUUACCAGGCUGCUGUUGAAUGUGCCCGCAAGGCAAACAGCGUUAAGGUCUGGAGACAGGUCAAUGAGGCCUGUGUUGCGAAGAAGGAAUUCCGCCUCGCCCAGAUUUGCGGUCUCAACCUCAUCGUCCACGCUGAGGAGUUGACCGAGCUCGUAAAGCAGUACGAGCGCAACGGCUACUUCGAUGAGCUCAUCGCCCUUCUGGAGGCCGGUCUCGGUCUCGAGCGUGCGCACAUGGGCAUGUUCACAGAACUCGGCAUUGCACUUGCCAAGUACCAUCCCGAGCGCGUAAUGGAACAUUUGCGUCUGUUCUGGUCCCGCAUCAACAUUCCUAAGCUUCUCCGCGCGGUCGAGGAGGCUCACUUGUGGCCAGAGCUCAUCUUUCUUCACAUCCAUUACGACGAGCUGGACCAAGCAGCUUUGUCCAUGCUUCAACAUGCAGCGGACGCCUGGGAGCACCAGGCUUUCAAGGAUAUUGUGGUCAAAGUGAGCAACGUGGAGAUUUAUUACCGCGCCCUCAGCUUCUAUCUUGAGCAGGCCCCAACGCUCCUCGUGGAUUUGUUACAGGCCCUUAUCCCAAGGAUUGACGUCAACCGUGUGGUCCGCAUCUUCACGCAGAGCGACAACAUUCCUUUGAUCAAGCCGUUCUUGCUCAGCGUCCAGUCUCAGAACAAACGCGAAGUCAACAAUGCUCUCCAUGAUAUUCUCAUCGAGGAAGAGGACCACAAGACGCUGCGUGACUCGGUCAGCAACCACGACAACUAUGAUGCAACCGCCUUGGCUCAGCGUCUUGAGAAGCACGACUUGAUCUUCUUCCGUCAGAUCGCCGCGGACAUCUGGCGCAAGUCAAAGCGCUGGGACCGUUCCAUCGCGUUGUCCAAGCAGGACAAGUUGUUCAAGGAUGCAAUCGAGACAGCGGCGAUCUCCAGCAAGCCUGAUGUUGUGGAAGACCUGCUUCGCUACUUCGUGGACAUUGGUAGCCGUGAGUGCUACGUGGGUAUGCUCUACGCCUGCUACGACCUCAUUCGCCCUGACGUCAUCUUGGAGAUGUCAUGGCGCAACGGUCUCCAUGAUUUCACCAUGCCGUACAUGAUCAACCUUCUGUCGCGCCAGACUGCAGCCAUCGAGCUGCUGACAAAGGACAACGAGGAGCGCAAGGCUCGCGAAGUCUCUCAACAGAAGAAGGAGGACGAUACCCCUAUCCUCGGCUCGCGUCUCAUGCUCACGCAGGGGCCUAUUGCCUCCGCGCCGUCUCCCGGCCCUUACGGCCAGGCUAACGGCAUCGCACCUCAGCCCACCGGCUACCGAGGCUUCUAGAGCAUUGGGCGGCGAUAGAUGAUGAAGUUGAUGGUCUUGCAUGAAGAAAAUGGCGGGCGAUUGAUUCAAUCUACAUAUUGAUCUUUUGGCGGACAUGCAAAAGCGGGUGCAUCCCUGAUUAGUAGCAGCGAUGGAACCUAAUGGCGUUCAAUGGAGGUUCCCCGGUAUGCAUUAUUACUGGGCUUGUUCAUGCCAUGUAUACUACUUAAUCAUUGUUUCUUCAGAUGUCAUUUGCCGCAGAAACACCCAGUGACAUUGCACAGACUUGGUCAUUAGUGUACGUAAUAGAUUGAGACUGCGUCGCUUCGCACAGCUUGCGGUGCACACGGG